AUGGCAUCUGUCCCCCAUAUACAUGACGAGCUUGCCGCUAAUCCCGAACGUGUCAUCGUAGACACUAAAUAUGGCAGCGUUACCGGCGGUCGAGCGAAGAAUGGAACAGCCGCGUUCUUAGAGGUACCCUAUGCACUACCACCUGGUCGGUUCAUGGAUCCUGAACCACUUCCUCUGGAUUACAAGUACGAGAGGAAAGAAUAUAUCACUGAGGAUACCUGGGCAUUCCAGCCAAGACGAGACGGCCAAGCAGCCGCUGGUAGUUACCAUGUCGAUCAAGUGGGCUACGGAAAACCGUCCGAAAAUCCUCUCUUCGUCAACAUCUUCGUUCCACCGUCUUUCCCUUCUCAGAAGGGAUUCCCCGUCAAGGUAUAUCUGCAUGGAGGGUUCCUGCAAUAUAGCUCACCCCAUCGGAUAACCUAUCAAAACCAGUUCGUGGCCGCGGACCGUUCGGAAGUAUGGGUGAACGUCGGAUAUCGCCUCUCCGCUUUCGGUUUCCUCGCAUGCGAUGAGCCCAAGGUGAACGGAAAUUUUGGUUCCAAGGACCAGUGGGUUGCGCUCCAGUGGGUCAAGGAAAAUAUCAGCGCUUUUGGAGGAAAUCCGGAUGAUGUCCAGCUGAUCGGGCUAUCGGGAGGCGCCCACGCUGUACACCAGAAUCUACAUCAUGUAUCUCAUCUUCCUGAAAGUGUCAAGUCCCCAUUUCACUCAGCCCAUCUAAUGUCAAAUGCCAUGGUUCUAACCCCAAAGACACGAACAGAAAUGCGUCCACAAUUCCAAGCCUUCUGCCGCGCCCUACACCUCGACCCCACCUCCUCAACCAUCCUCGACGACCGCGCAGUCCCUGCCGAGACCAUCUGCCGCACCAUCGAAAGCAAAGCCGCCGGUCCAAACAACAGCACCUUCCGCGGAUGCAUCGACGACGACUGGCUACCCUCAACAACCGAUACCAUGACAUGGCAGCGCUCCGGCGCCUUCGCCCAGGCCCUUAAGCAAAAAGGCGUCCGGAGCGUCAACGUCGGAGACCUAACAGACGAAUGGUACUUCUACUCUACCUCGUCUGUCAUCGAGAAACCUGCAGAUAUCGUUCCCAACCUGGAGAGGUAUUACCAGGAUGAUAUCGCAGAGAAGAUUAUGGGGCAGUAUGAGGCUUUGGGUGAUGAUGCUACCCCCGAGGAGUGCGCGAGGAUGUUUGGAAGGAUGACUUCGGAUUAUCAGGUUCAUCUGCCGGUGAGGCUCCUCGCCAGGGAUUUGCACAAUGCGGGGUUUCCUGUGCUGAGGUAUGAGAUUCGAUGGACACCAGAGCAGAAUAGGACGGACGGAUAUGUUACUCAUGGCACGGACACGUAUCUGUGGCAUUUGCGUCUCCCGUCACUGGAGCCUUCUCAAGCAGAGAUUGCCAGAGCAUGGAUAAGACGCGUCAAUGAAGAGAGGAUCGCGCUUGAACGUGCAGGGAAACCAUCGAGAGCCAACAACGAGGUUCUCGCUCUGUGUGAAGACAAGUCCAUCAAAUGGGUGGAGGACGACAAGUGGGCUGAGAAGAUGAGGCUUCUUGUUACACUCCCAGGAGAGGUAUAG